AUGGCAGGCUCCUGGAGGUUCACACAGCAUCCACGCUUCUCUUUCAUAAUCUGUGUUUCUGCAGUUUUAAUACUCCUGCUCAUGAGCCAAGCAUUGAUCUGCAGACAGCAGGAGGACAGGCACAGGAGAGACUUUGCUGACUCCACGGAAAUCCCGGCAGAGCACAUCGACCCCGCUGCCAUCGACCUCACGCCGCUCGUCAAUACUUUAAUAAAUUCCAGCCACUUGGGCUCCCGGCAGCUCUUCUCUCUGCUCAGCGUCACGUCCUACAGCUCCCUGGCUCUGCACAAACUCACCCUGUUGGUCUACAACAUUUCCAGUGUGAGAAGCAUAGAAAGCAGCGUGUUCAGGAGGCGAUUCUGCUACUGCGUCACAAACGAGACCAACGACCUAACAGGCAGGAGGAUUCGAACGUUCGGCCUCAUUUUACGCUCGUGCAGUUUGCUGCAUGUAAACUCGUUUUUGUUUCCCAUCAGACUUUACAGCCAUACUGCUGGAUGUGAUGGGAAACUCUACAAGUUACCUGCACGAGCUCUUUAAAUCCUCCUCGAUACUCUCAGUGAGCCAGAGGAAUAACUCAGACUGUAUCUACAUCUGCGUGAUGGCCGGUAAGAUGGAGAGGUGCCUGAGCUGUGGGACGUCGGCUCCAUCACGCCGCUCUUCAACCAGACCAUCGUGGAAGGACCGCACACAGCUAACAUCUCCUUCCGGCUCCCUGUCGAAUGGCACCAACUGCCCACGAAUCUGAGUCACAUCUCUCCAUCUGGGAUGAGCUCCAUGCUAACCAGCAGAGUCCAUUCAACCGCACAUGCUUCACCAACAGCUGUGGAUGAAGCAGCUGCAUCUACAGCGAAGGUCACCACAGCUCAGCCGCUCACAACAGCUCCACAGCCUACGACCGUCAUGCCUCAGAGUUACACUACAGCCGAAACACCGGAGACAACCCAGCAACCCAUGGCACCAAGCAUGACAGCAAGAGCUGUAACAACACAAAGGGGGACCGCGCCCACUGUGGCAUCUUCUCAGAGUGGAACUAUAGAGGAAAAAACAACUUUAGCACCAAUUACAACCUUAAAACAGCAAACCACCACCACCACCGCUCUGACUGCUGCAGCUCCGACCACAGCAGCACCACGAUUACCCACGGCACCGGGCAGAGCUUCAACCUUCUCACCAGCAGUUAGUCUGAUCCGCACGCCGGCGUCUACGAGCACAGCAGCCCCACACACGACCUCCACAGUUCAUCCCACGAGACUUCCACCUGUGCGAGCCUCAGCAGGACCCACGGUGCCCAGGAGGACUACAGGGCCUCUAGUUAGAGGAACUACAACUCCCAGCAAGCCAACGGAGACGGAGAAACCAGGCUGUCCCUGGAGGAGGCCGGAGCUGAGCACCGAGUCCGUCCCCGGCGCCGCCACGACCGUCGGCGCCCACAAGCUGCAGCCCUGCGUCCUCGAGCUGUGCAAGUUCUUCUCCCAGUGCCUGUGCAGACCCUUCAGCCACAAGACGCGCAUGAAAAGGUACUGCGACGACAGCCACCUCUGGUAUGAAAAGCACACCUCUGAGGUGUGUCGGCGGGUCAGGAGGGUCUCCUUCUCCAGAAACCUGAAACAGAGGUGCCUGACAAAGAUGUGCAAUAAACUGUGACCGGAGAGGAACAAAGAGCCGCUCAUCAUCACAAACUACGGCACGCAGCACGAUUACGGAGGCCAGAUCUGAGUCAGAUUUCUGCAUCUGCACGGGUUUGGAAACUGUUUACACGCUCACACAGCGGUGCGGCUUCACAUUCAUCCCCGUUAUCUACUCUGUGAUUUCAUUUACUUUGUAUCUCCAAGAAGAUAAAAAAUAAUCUGAUUAAUACUGGACUCUGAAAUCUGCAACCCUCAGACUAAGUCUGGACUGU